CUUGGGCCUACGACAUUGAUUUGGACCGAUGGUGGGCUUUUCUCGGCUCCACCUCCAGCUGCUCUCUCGUCUCUCUGAGCCUUCGUUGUCGCCUUCACUCCCUUCUCGCAGCGUUUCAUCCCCGCCAAGUGUUCUUCUUCCAUCCAGCUGACAUCGCUGCCGUCUCCUACUUAUCGUCCUUCGAGCUGAAUUCGCCUCCGUCGACUGCUGCUCUUCUCGACGCGUGCUUCUCUUCCCAUCUCGUAGUCUUCGCCGCUUCAUCCUUUUUCCCGGUGAGUUAAUAUCUUGCUUUGGGUGAUGUGGGAUGAGAGCUCCAUGGUGAUCUGGGUUGCGUGACUUUGGAUGAAUUGAAUUGCGUCUUCUGGGUUUUCACAAGAGGCCAAUUUUCUCAUGAUUAAUUGUUGCAUCCUGUUUCUUUCCCUGCUUCUUGUUUCUUUCGCUGGAUUAAGAGUAGUCGGUGGAUACAACUCCCAUACAUUAAUUAGUUGGUGGGUCGGUGGAUCUACCAAGAUGGAGUGCCUUUGUUAAUCUCGUCAUUUUUCCCCUCACAAAUACACAGCCCAGCACCGCUAGUGAAGCUAUAUAUACACAGGAAAACCCAGGACAGAAGACCAAGAAGCUGUGCACCUAAGAAUGGCUUUGGAGGAGGAGUUCAAGGAGUAUGCUGAGAAGGCGAAGUCACUGCCUCCGGCGACGAAGGAUGCCGAUAAGCUCGUCCUCUAUGGACUCUUCAAGCAAUCCACCCUUGGUUCUGUCAACACCAAUCGUCCUGGAAUGUUCAGUCCAACUGAAAGGGCGAAAUGGGACGCCUGGAAAGCAGUUGAAGGGAAGAGCAAAGAAGAGGCAAUGACCGAGUACAUUGCCAAGGUGAAGCAGUUGAUGGAAGGUGCUUCUACUGCUGCUGCAUAAUUAUAUGUUUCAUACAUGGUAUAUGGUGGGAGCUCCUUUAUAAACUUCUUCAGUAUUUCCAACACUAUGAAAUGAAAGGUCUGUACAAUGAAGGUCAUGAUGAUUCUCAAUAAUUGCUUAAUUCACGAGUUACAACUUACAAGUACUUGCUAUGUAUUUGUGACACUUUGUAAACUUUUUUCAUUUUUAUUUUAUGACAUGUAAUUCGUAUAUGAGAUGUAAUUCAAGACAUACCUUGAUUUUAUACGCCAUCGAUAGAUAAAUUUUCGAAUGGAAGAAUGCAAAAGAUUAAUAGAGUACAGAAUUUCGAUAAUUUUUACGGGUAUGUGUAUGAGUAUGAUGACUUGAUAAUUUUUAUAUGGGAGAUGAAUAUAGACUAGAGCAUCCAAAGGUCUACCUUUUUUAUUGUUCAGGACAACCGAACCGAUUUGGUGUGGAGGUCCUUCAUAUCAACCUAGGUUCACCCUUUUUACUAUUCAACGUGACAAAUUGUAAGUAAGUUUUAUUUGGAGUUUAAAUCAAGUCAACAUAACAAAUUAUUCUUAUCACUCAAAUCUGUGUGUGCUAUUUAUCAACAUACACUAAAAAGGUCAUAAGGUGGAGCUCUGUACCACACCCAAUGAUAAAUGUGCUAUUUAUCUUCAAUUAUUGAAUGAUUCAGAGCAAUGUUAUCCUAGGGUAUAAGAUAAUUGUAUGUAUUGUCUUGUCGUCUCAUUUUUUGUUUUGAAAUCCGAGUUCACAUAUAUGAAUAUGAGUAGGUUUUAUGACCAGUGUUUCAUUUUGGGCUACUACCGCUAUUUUGGCAAAACUUGUCAAGGUUGCGUGAACACUCAUUUGAGCCUUUAAUGUCAUGUUAGGGGCACCAUUAUAACGAUGGUGGUUUAACCUUCAUAUCGUACAUUGGGGCUCAAUUUGGAUGAAUCAACCCAUAUACGAAGUUGUUGAAAAUUUAAGAUAAAUUAGUUUUCCCCAAGAAAAAAAUCCUUAAUGAAGUAACCUUUCUGUUUAAAAAGGUUGGUAAAUAAUAAUUAUGAAAUCCAAGUUUGGAACUCAAGAGUUACAAAGGGUUUUAAAUUAGUUCAAAAGGAUUUAUGGGCUUAAAUCAAAUCCAAGUAAAUGUGAAAUAUGUUUUGGUGGUUUAGAUCAUGAGGAGAGACUGAGAGAGUUUGGAGAGUUUCUUGCUGGGCUUAUACUUGCAGUUCUGGUUCAUGGAACUGUUGGAAAUUUCUCAAAAUUCAUUACAAGAGUUUGUCACUAUUUUCUGUUUGCAAUGGACAGAGUGUAUUGAAUGGUUCACCUAUGCUCAAGUAUUCAAUUAAAUGAGUUUGGGAGCUAACCAUCCUAGACAUUCAAGGGUUCUAUGGGUGAAGAUUGUAUGGAAAGGGAAGGCAAUUCCUAGGAACACAAUACUAGCUUGGAUGGUUAUUAAAGGGAGCAUAAACAGAAAGAAUAAGAUGCUGAAAUGGGGUUUCUAUUUUUGGGUUUCUAUUUUUGCAAUGUUGGGGCAGAAGAUAGAGAGCACUUGUAUCCAGAUUGUUCCUUUACUAAGUAUUUGUUCACUGCACUUUUUAGCAUGUUCUCAUAUCAUCCUCUUAGUCCUAGUUGGGAGGAUGAACUUUCGUGGGUGAUGAGCAGGUUUGGAGGCAUUAUUGAGAUUGUAGAAACAUGGAGAAUCAUCUGGUGGGCAAGUCACAUAUGGAGGGGAAGAUGUAUUCGUUUGUACUUUGUAUAUAGGUAAUAGUCAAAUCUUCCUACCUUGUUGAAGAUAAUUAAAUCUAGGUUGAGUUUUGGUUGGAUUUGAGAGAGUUCACUUCUUUUGGCCUACUUGAGCAAUUUUGUUGGUCUCCUGGAAAUGGCUUUAAUAGUAGUUUAUUUCUCAUUGUUAGUAUGUAUUAUUUCUAAAAUUCUACAUCCACCCUUGUGGUUUGAUAGGGCAAAAGCGUAUAGCUUCAAUUCCUAUCUUGUAGUAAACCGGAAAGUUCGGG